AUGGCCGGCCUCCUGCCCCAGCAUCCAGCUACUGUAGACAUGAGUGACAGCGUGCUCAUCAGUUCCUGUUUCACACAUAAAUUCAAGAUCAACUAUGUGGAGACGGAGAAGGUCGCCGUCGAGCACUCAGUCAGGUCGGAGCAAAUCCUCGCCGGUGGGCACCUCUGGAGGAUCAUCUGCUUCCCGCGUAGGAUCGGAGGUAUGAAAGAGAGCAACGUUGAGUACCUAUCUAUAUACCUCUGUCAUGAGAGCGAAUCCAAAGACGUCAAAGCUGUCUUCGAGGCCUUUGUAAUGUACAAAGAAGGCACUCCAUCUUUGGCCCAUAAGAAAAAGCUGGUGCACGUUUUCUCACCCAAGGCCGGCGGCAGGCACAUCCAUGGUUGGCCUUGCUUCGUGGAGCGAAGCGUCCUACAGUCGUUCUACGUGACGAAUUCUGGCUCGUUCGUCAUCGUGGGAGCCGUCAAAGUUUUGCAGGAGGACCCUCUCGACGUGCCGCCCUCCAACCUCGGGAUCCAUCUCGGCGGCCUCCUGCUGGGCUCCACGGACGGUUCCGACGUUUCGUUCGUUGUCGGCGGCGAGAGGUUCGCUGCUCACCGGGCCGUGCUUGCCGCCCGCUCGCCGGUCUUCAAGGCGCAGUUCUUCGGCUCCAUGGCGGAAGCCACCAUGUCGUCCAUCACCUUGCAUGGCAUCACGGCAGCGACGUUCAAGGCCAUGCUCCGCUUCGUGUACACCGAUGCGUGUCCUGAAGAAGCCCCCAGCGAGGCGUUUCAGGACCUGCUCGCUGCUGCUGACCGGUUCCAGUUGGAUCGCUUGAAGAUCCUGUGCGCGAGCAAGCUGUGGAAUAAUGUCUCGGUGGAUACAGUUUCUGCUACGUUGAUCUGUGCCGAAAUAUAUAACUGCCCACAGCUGAAAAGGAAGUGCAUUGGGUUCUUCGGGGAGGGGAAGGGCUUCAAGACGAAGGCUGUGUUAACGGAUGGUUUUGCUCAGCUGUCGCAGCAGUUCCCGUCCAUUCUUGAUGAGCUGAGGAAGAAGGUUGGAGCAUAGUAGAGAUCAGCGGCAUGCUAGCCAAUAAUGGCUGUAUUACUAGAGCUUUACGGUAUU